AUGCACGUAGCGGCAGAGUUGAGAAAAUACGAUCCCAUAACCUUAGCAAGAGUAAAACAUUCCAUAAAUACUAUAAUAUUUGACGCUGAUAUGGCAUGUAUAAACCAACUCAAUCAGUCUACAAUUCAAGAAAACGAUGAAAGAAGACCAGAUCCCGACUUUGAACCAUUGUUGGAAGAAAAUCCAAUGGUUUACGAUGACGCUGCAACAAAAGGUAUUGACUUAGAUGCCAGUAUUGACGACCUAAAAAAUAAUGAAACUGUUUCACAAGCCGCUGAACCAAAUCAUCAAGUAACUCCAUCAGCCUCAAAUUCAAGAACAAACAAAGCAAAAGAGAAUUACAAUGGAAAC